GGCGAAAUCCACCAAAAGGCUACAUUUAGUACCCUGCUCUCCCACGAGCCAUGGCCGCCACUGCCGUCGAGAAGCCCGUCAUCCUUUUCGUCCACGGGGCGUUCCAUGCCCCCUGCCACUAUACGCCCCUCAUCAAGGGCAUCCAGCGCGCCGGAUACACCGUGCUUGCCCCUGCACUUCCCAGCUCCGGUCCCGAUGCCUCGAUCGUCGGCAAGGCCCUGGCGGACGAUGUCGCGCGCAUCACCGAGGUCGCGGCUCCUUACCUUGACGCCGGCAGGGAGCUUGUCGUGAUGGCCCACAGCUUCGGCGGGAAGCCCGGCACGGAGUUCACCGGGGCGCAGGCCGUUCCUGAGCGGAAGAGAAGGGGCCUCACCGGUGGCGUUCGGGCCAUAGUGUACCUGGCGGCCUUUGCGCCACCUGGUUCGCCUGAGCAGUCUAAGCACCAUCAGGGGGAGCGAGCCUUCUUUGAUCUCGACCGAGACUCGGGAACCUUCGUUCUCCGCCCCAACGCCGCACAAAUCUUCUACGGUGUGGACAUGCCCGAUAGCCAGACCCGACAGAUAUUGUACAGCCUCCUCGGGCGGCAGAGCGCCGCGUCUUUGGGCGCGCCUCACACCUUCUCCGCCGCCGAGCUGCAGGUACCCAGGACGUACGUCGUCUGCACGCGGGACGAGGCUGUCGUGCCUCAGGCGCAACGCGACAUGGCGGAGGGGUGCAGUGCUAGGAUCGUCGAGAUUGACGCAGGGCACUCCCCGUGGUUCGUCGAUGGGCAUGUUGAAAAGCUAGUUGAAGUAGUUGAGGCUGCGGCUGGUCUCAAGUAGCAUCUUUCGGGUCACGGGAUGAUUGUCGCCUGGGGGAUAGACCCGCUGUAUGCUCUGACCAAGUACUAUCGAGGCUCCCGAAAAAGGCAGUGAACAGUGUGUAGCUGACUGGCCAGGCCGUUAAAGGACUUCCGGUCAUAACAGGUGAAGAGACUGCUGCGUUAGAGCCGGGUUGAGCUGAGGGUGGCUUUGACGGGUCUCAUGGCUAGCUUGCUACACGGGACACGAU